UGACCGGGCCAUCGAACCCGCGACCAGAGAGAUGGGAAAGCCACUCCUUAACCAGUCGGCCGAAGAGGUGCCCCAGCAGCAGAGUGAGUCAUGGGAGGCUGGGCCAUCAGGCGGGUCAGGGCACGCCACCUCCCCGCCAGCGGCCCGUUUUGAAGGGCGCGCGUUCCCGCCGGAGACUCGCCAGGCGCAGGGCUAAAGAUUUAUCCUUCGCUCUGCAUGGACGUCCCAAUACUGAAAUGCUGCACGGCUCCUCGCAUCUGAAUUUGUAACAGAGCUCCUCGUAACAUAUCAGAACAGUUAAGGAAAGGUGGCAUAAAAAAACACCAUUCUCUUAUAACCCAGUGGAGAGGAGACUCGGGGAAGGCGACUGACCUGGACAGGGCGAGCACAGUAAAUAAUGGAAGCAGAAGUUUUAGCACUCAAGUGGAAUAACCACCAGAGCAUAUUUUAUCACAUCAUUAGCGGGCUAAGAACCAAGGGAAACUACACAGAUGUGACUUUGGCAUGCGAUGGCAAAUUUUAUCCCGUCCACAAACUAGUUUUGUCCACGUGCAGUGAAUAUUUCAGUGACAUAUUUGACCGCACGCCAUGUAAAAACCCAGUAGUUGUGUUAAAAGACAUCCAGUGCCAAGACCUAGAGUUCCUGUUGGACUACAUGUACAUUGGUGAAGUCAAUGUCAGACAGAACGACCUCGCCUCCCUCAUCAAAGCGGCCGAGUGCCUCAGGAUAAAGGGCCUCGCAGUGCCUGAUGACGACGGCAGCAAACCCCACAACUCAAAUGCCAACACCUCCAACUCGUCCAGCCGCCAGCGACCAUCAGAGCCUAACCACCGUGACCAUGCCAGCCCAGCGGCCAAGCGGCGGCGCACGGAGGAAAGAAGAGUGAGCAGCUCCUCUUCCCUGGAUGCCGCCCCAAACCCCCCUGUGGUGGAGAGGUCCAGUGAGGAACCUGCCGCCUCUCAUGUCGACCGGCAUGACAAACAUUUACAUCAGUCACAACAGAAGGAAAAUACCAGUGUGGAGAUCAGACUGGAGGCUGAGGAGUCCCCUGCUCUCCCCACCAUCAAGCUGGAGCAAGAUCUUGGUUACAAUGACAACUAUGACGCUUCCAUGCAGUCAGGCACGCCAAGCUAUGACGAGGAUGGUUACCUGCACAACGCCGACAAGGACUCCAUGAAUGCCAAGGUGGAGGUGGAGGCGGCCUCGGAGGUGAUGGUGGACGACUUGGGUGUCAACUUUUCCAACAUGCUGCAGUCAUCUAUCACUAGCACAGAUGGUGUGGAUCACCCAUCUGGUCUACAUCCCCAUGGGAGUCUGGAUGCAUGGGAAGGAGGCACAGGCAGUCGCAUUGUCCCAGGCCACACCCUGCAGCCCUCGUCCACUGCCCAUGCCACGCCCCUCACCGCCGCUCAACAACAGCAAAAGUUUGGCAGUGGUGGGGAGCUACUUUGUCCAAUAUGUGGCCGAGCCAGCAGCCGCAGGGACAACCUGGAGAGGCACAUCCGAAGCCACCUGGGAGACAAGCCAUUCAAGUGUCCCUUCUGUUCUUUCCGCUCUCAACUCAAGUGGAACAUGAAGUCCCACAUAGAACGGAGGCAUUCACAAACCUGUGCCACUCCUAGCCAGCAAUGACAUCCUUCUAACAAACGCAACUCAUAAAGGAGUGGUUUCCCUUAUAUUUUUAGCCAGAAAAUCAAAUGCUACCGGCCAGAGCUUGAUUCUCAUCUUUGUGUUCUGCAACACGAAGUUUACUAGUACAGCAUCCCUUUUACGAUACUCCCCAAAUUAAAAGUAUAUAUAUACAUAUAUUUGUUAAGGAGUUUACUGUAACAUCUUUAAGGAUGAUAUUCUUAUGGCACAUUGCCAUUUUUGCUAAAUAUGUUUGUGUUAUGAUUCCCUCUCUGCCACCAGUUUUUUGCAGUUUAGGCUUCCAGGCAGCUUUCUGAGGUGAGAAACUUGACCGGUGGUCAGCAUCUCAGUGUCAUGGGGAAGCAUGUGUUCAGGCAAUAUGGUAUGCCAUUAUAGUGUUAGUAUUUAUUUGUUUAUAAUAAGUAGCCUAAGUUGCAAAAAAAUCUCCAUCACAAAAUAGCAAAUGCAUUUACACCAACAAAUUCCAUUACAAACUACUUCGUAAUUUCAAACCUGGAGACCCAUUCAAGCUUUUAGAGUUGAUUUCUGUCAAGGCAGCCUUUUGGGUUGAAUGUAACACUUGCUGGUUUCAUGGAGUCAUGGUUGCUCUUACCCCAAACAAGUGCAAGUAUAUAUUUGCCGUGAAUAUUGGGUCAGUACAAAAGGAUUCCACUGAGCACUAGCUGACAUUUUAAAGGCAAUAUUAAGGAAAAGAAUGAGGUGACUCAUCCAAUGACUAAAAAUUAAUUUAAUAUAACUUGCCAAGCUGUGCUUGCAACCCCAGCAGCAAUCUAUCUCUGCCCCCAGGUUCUCUUCCUCAAGCAGUCUGUAAGGGAGGAUGAGCCAUUGGUUGAGCCAGGAUGUCUGAUUUGUACCUUAAUGUACUUAAUACUAUUUAAAAUACUGUGAUAAUAUAAAAUUUGGCUGAUCCUCUGAGCUGAAUGUUACUGUUGCAAAUUUAUACUAGGAUACAAUAUUCACUACAACCAGCACUGAUGGCCAAAUAGUUGAUCAACAAAAAAAUAUCAAAGCAACUAUAUCCACUCUGCAACACUGAGUGGCAUUGUUCAUGGCACUGGGAGCAUGUGGCUCCACAGUGAGAACCUUGCCAGCACCCACAAGAAGGAAAGUUUGCAGCUCAUUCAUGACAGCUUCCUGAAGAGUGGUCACACACUCAUAACCUUAGUAAGAACACUUGAUUUGAAAAGCCUGGCUUGGUGACUUGUUAAUAUUUUUAAUUUAUUUUAGUAUUAUUUAUGAACUGAUUUACUUAUUAAUUCACAUAAGACAAAGCAUCACUCAGGAAAAGUUUCUGGGACGUUCUGAGGAUUUAUGCUGUAGUAGGCAUUUACUAGAAGGGAUCCAGUCUUUGCAAGAGUGUGAGUGCCUCUAGACAUGCGAACGAGGAACCAAAUGAGGGUCGGUGCGGGUGGGGUGUGUGAUGCCACCAUAGCUGUUUAAUGAUUCAUGAAUUAUUGUAUAAGAGAAAUGAAAGCCAGAAUAUGGGAGCAAGGCCAAAGGCUGAAAGUGAGAGGUACAGAGCAGUCUUUGGUGGCAGGCCCAUAGGCUUAUGCUAUAGUGCUGUUGGCAGAAGGUGAGAGGGGAUGCUGCAGCAGACUGUGGAUUAUUUGACAGGAUGUGUAAGAGGAGAAUGUCGGCAAGAGUCAAGUUAUGGUACUUGAGAGGGCAAGAGUAGAUUAUUUUAUUGAUUGUACAAAGCCAUACAGAGUGAAGCAGAGUGCAAAAUCUGUUAGGGGAAGAAGAGAAGAUGGAGAAACUGAGUGAGUUUGAAUACUUAGGAACAGGCCUAUGUAAGAAUGGGAGCAUGGAGGGAGAGAUAAGUGAAGGGCAGAUAGGUGCAUUGAAGAAGGAAAAAGUGUGAGCAUGUGGGUAAAGAAGGAUAUGAUAAAUAUAGCAUUAUCCUGCAAACCCUAUUAUAUGCAUCAGAGACAUGGAAAAGGAGUGUAGCAGAGCAAUCAUGAAUAUGUGCAGUGAAAAUGAGCUAUAUAAGAGGUGCAGCACUGUGGUGUGUCAGAAUGGGAAGGCGAAAGAAAUGAACGUAUGUGAUGAGAGGUUUGGUAUUAGUGAAGGGAGUGGAUUGUAGAGUGGUUGCAUGGGGGAAGCGUGGUGUUAUGAGAUGGUUUGGGAAUGUAUGUGAUGGGAAUGAAUGAGGUUGACUGCUUGAGGAGAAUGUAUGAUGUGUCAGGAUUGAGGAAGGAGGUGCCAGGAGGAGCUCACCAUGUUCUAUUGAAUGAGCAUUAGAGAGAGUUGGUGAGCAAAGGAUUGAUUCUGCUGAGAGGGAGUGUCAGAACAGGGAAAGUUGAAAAUGCUUCUGCCAUGGCCACCCCCUUAAGGGAAGUUUCUGUAAGGGAGCAGGAUGUCAGAUAUAGAUAGAAAGAUAGUUCUCUCAUUUAACUUUUAUUUAUUUAUUUAUUUAUUUAUUUUUUAGAGUAAAGGAAACAGCUACUGAGUAAUCUAGGAGUAAAUGACUCACACCCAGGGAUUUAAACUAGCCAUGGCCAUCCUAGACUUCAAUAAGAAAUCCACGACACUGAACACUUAAUGAUGUAGUGCUUUUUCCACUUUGCAAAACAAAAUACGAGUGGAAAAGUAUCGGAAGUAGUCAUGUAAGAUUAUCGUUGUUCAUACGUGUUCACCUGCACUAAAUUUUGUUGUGUCAUUGUAAUUAGUAUUUUCUUAUUUCUAGGGUGUAAACUAUUAGCCUUGGGUUACAUCAUUCACAUGGAAAAAAGCAUGAUAUUAUGCAUAUAAACACACCUCGGUGCCCUGCAUGAGCAAGCUCCGUCCCCUUACAAGCAGCCCUCCCCAUGCUGUGGUGCCAUAGACGAGUGUUGUGGAAGACAUGGGAGAGAGUCACCUCCCCAAGAUACAGGCUGCAUUGCCUGACUUAAGCCUGGUACAUGAAGAUUGUGAGGUAACAAGGCAAGGGUGAAAUGAGACUGCCCAUCCAUCUUCACUCCACUGGGCAGUGAAUGGAAGAUAUCGUAGUGGUGGUCUUAGAAUGCUAACACUGGACCUACAGGCAGGAUAGCUGUAAUCAGCCAUUGGUUGACACCUCCCCAUCCUGAUGAGGUAUUAUGAGCAGGUGAUAUUGCUGAGAAAUACUAAACAGCAUCUCUGAAUUAUCUUGACACCAACUUUACUUUCUGCCUUCCAAGUGGUUCUUAAUGUGUUCCUUAUGAAUUUCAGCCCUAUACCUUAACAUGACCUCUAAUCAAUUAAUCAGUCAAUCACAAGGAACAUUUGCUGGAGGGUGUGUUGCUUUCCCAACCCUACGAUGCUACUCAGCAUAAAGGUAGUGUUGGAGGCAUGUGUUAUUGCUGCGUGUUGACAUGGUGCUCAUCUCCAUCACCUUAGACAUUCAGCCUCUAGUGGGUAAGAACCCACUACCCUGGGACACAGGGCCACUGUGACAUCUGGAUUACCACAGUUUAUUUUCCCUGCGUAUCCACAGGUUGCAAAUACACAUAAUAUUCACAGGAUAAUAUUCACGAAAGGGUAGCCACAUUUGGCGAAGUUAAUACUUACAACAUGGAUUCUUUUUUAGUCCCUGAAUGCAGUGCAGUAACAAGUGACUUCCGGAAAAUAGAAGGGGGUCGAGGGGGGUGAAGCCCCAUAUAUGAAGUAUAUUUUGUGUCGUUACAACGCAUUGUUGUAUUGCUUUUCCAUUGUAAAUGGAAGGGGGAUCGAGGGAGGUGAAGCCCCCCAGUUAGGUAGGUUAUGUAAAGUUAGGGUGGGAGUUUAAAUUUAUUCGGCACUCUGCGUGGGGUGGUGAAAAAAUGUGCAGCGCAGAACGAGACAUGACCAUGGAGGUCCAGCCGUUGUUGUGAGAAAUAAGUUGCUCUGCUGUUCAAUAGACAUGCACACUGGGGGAAUACACAGUAGGAAAAACAUUAAUUUGCCUGGUUUUGUUCUAGUUUGUUCACUUGUGAUCUUUGUGAGCAGUGAGUGAAAUAUAGAAACAAUAAGCACGUUGAACCUCUCUGCGAGCUACUUUGCGGCUGCGGGGGAGGGUGCACAACAGGCAUUGAAAAGUCAAUCAUUUAGUGAUUUCCAGAGAAAAAUACUAUCUCCGUAAUAAACUGCAUCAUAUUUUGUCCAGAAAUAAUCAGUCAGCAUCUCAAAAUUAGUAGGCUACCCUUUUGUGAAUAAUCCCCUUCCUGGGGAUACUGAGCAGUGUAAUAUUGUGGUAUAUUGCAGUUUUGAUGGUCCCCUUUCCUUUUCUAGAUGGGGAUGACCAAGUCAUUCCAGUCAGGAGGAAUGGUACCUAAUGGCUAUAUGGCAAUCAAGACUGCAUGCAAUCUGUGAAUCAUGGUUGCAGUUUCAGUUAAAGAGUUCUGCAUUAAUGUUACAAAUACCAGCUGCCUUUCCAUGCCGCUGCCAUGCCUCAACCUCUGACCUCACCAAGAGAGGGUGAGGUUUCAUUAAUGGGUAGAUCAUUACUAUUUGUAACCCACUGGUUUGGAGUUGCCCAUUAGGAGGGUUCGUCGUAUUCAACUGCUCAAAGUACUCGGCACAAUGAGCUCUCUGUCUAUCCAUAUCUGACAUAAGGCAACCAUCUGCUGUUCAGAUACCACUCACCAGAGAGCAGGCUUGGAGUGGAGCUCCUUCAGGGCUCGAUAAGCAGGUCAUAGGUCGUUAGCAUGAAAUGAUGUCCUCACUGAGAAUUCUGGCAUACCUAUCCUUGUCUCUCCUCAGAACAGUUCUAGUCCUUCAUGACAAACCAUUCUGAUUUCUAGCAAGCCUGGCAGCAUGAUCACCAACUUAAGAAUAAAUCUGCUCACAGUCUUGUGAAAAUAUUUUAACCAGGGAUAAGUGUUUAAAUGUUAAAAGGCCAUUGUGCUCACCUGGAGAUGAUUUUUCCAUUAGUGUUGGGUUUGAAACAUAAACUAUUGACAUUCCAUUACAUUUCCUUAUACCUAAGGCAGCUAUAUUUCUCUAUUCUUUUAUUGUAAGUUUUCACAAUUUAAGAUAAAGCUUGAGGGUUCAGUUUUGGCUGAUAACAACAAAUUACUUCCAAAAUCAAGAGUGGUUUCAACGUGCAUGUAGCAAGUAAAUUUUACUUGUGGUUUUAUGUAUUUCAGAAAAUUUCCUGAUAUGUUUUUUCAUCAUUUUGAUCGAGUACAGUGAGAUGGAAUAGCCUCAUAAGACAGGCUGGAUCAUCAUGGCUCAUAACUAGAGAAUGGUAAUUAAUGCUAAUCAUGACAGACAGAGCAGAGGAUGGCAGACCUUCCUUUGUUAUCAGAAUAACAUAACUGAUGCGGGAGAAUAUUGUGGAUAUGGCCCCACUGAAGGCUUCCAUGCCCAGGGCUCCUGAAAACCACAAUAACCACUGACAAGGAGGCAGAAUAUGUUGCAGUAUGGCAGUUUGCCAACUCUGAUCAGAAAAAGAACAAUGUUCAUAUAAAAUUUGACAUAGAACCCGUGAUAUUAUACCAUGGAAAUUAAGGACAGACAAUGGCAUAAAAUGGCCAAAACAACUAUUUAUGUAGCAGACCCAAACCAUGUAUGUAGCUGUUUUACAACAAUUAGGGAUGUUAACUGCAUUAGUUUUGUUAGGUAAAGAUAGAACAUGCAAUGAAAGAGUGGCAAGUUACAUCUCUCUUGAUACUGCCAGAGAGGAGAAAGUGUUAAGGCCUCCUCCACUGUAUCAUUACUUAGAAGCCAAAUAUGUGAGUGUGUGUGUACCAGGUUCUUCCUUAGCUUUAUGCCUUGUAUCCAUACAUCUCCUGUUACUGCAGUGCUUCCUUUCAAAAUCUUACGGAUGUAUUUCAAAGAUAAUCCAAAACUAAUAUGGACAUACACGACUUAUUUUCUUACAUUGUGAAUGUUAUUGAGUUAAAGGAAGCUAUCCCUGUCUGUCAACUUGAGCCUCCUCAGGUGAUUUUUUAAGAAAUCUUCAUUUAGUUGCUGAAGGAAACUAGCUGGAGCUCAAAUUUGUUGUACUAUAUAGAUAUUUUUGUGCAUAGUUUAUAAGCUUUUUCUUAUUUCUGCCAGGAAAACAACUAUUAAAGCACCAGUGAUAAUGGAGGCCAUGGUUUUACACUAUAUCUGUAAAUAAAAUACCAAGUUGUAUUUAUUUUUAAAUAGUAAAUGAUGCAAGUGUGAAAAAAGGAAAUAGAGUACUCUCACCAAAGAUCAUUUUAACUUGCAACAAACAGUUAGAUGAUGUGUACCUAAAAAUUUCAUUAGUUGAGCCUAUUUUCUUGUCGCCUGUGAGGGUAGCUGCCAAAUAAAGGCAUGUUUUUUC